GUUGUGUGCUUUGAGCACCAGAGUCGUAGGUUGAGAUUUGCAGAGCCCCGUCCGCGUUUUUCGCAGCCAGAGAGAGUUGUGAAAAUGGAAACCUCCAUUCUCAUUGAAGGAUUUGGAAAGAGCUUUGCUCUCGAUCUCCGUCUAAGUUCGUUGGAUUUGCAGCUGACCGCAAUACAGAGUGUCUUAUCCAUUCUGGAGCACAGUAUCCGAGUGACAUCCCGCGCAGAGGACCAGAAGCUUCUUAGGCUCCAGGUUGAGGAGGUGGAAGAUUUACGUCAGCGUUUGUUCACCGACUCCAUUCAGGUGACCCUGACCGAGUCAGAGGAGGAGCAUCAAGCACUGGACAAAAACAUCUUUGAAGAUCUUGCCGCCAUGGCUGCGGAGAUUGAAGACUUGGAAGAGAUGGCAGUGACCAAGGUGAACGCAAUGAAAGGCUUAGUUCCUGAACUGCCUGGGGUGAUGCCAGACAUGGCCAUUGAGGAUGAAGCAAUUUGCUCAUCUGCAAGCUCACCCGACUCACAAAGUCCCGACUUUGAGGCAGUACCCACCAACGACACAGGCAAUCGGUCACCACGAAAAGUACGACGUCACACCUGGGGUUUGCCCAUGCCUUCUCAGCUUCAGAAGGAGGUUUGCGGCCUAGCAAGAUGGUAUCCCAGAUCACAAGUCUUCAUCCCGUGUGGAAACGAAAGGCAGAUCAGUAAUCUCGAAAUGACCGGCACACAAGUGGUUGGCUUGCCCGCCGAGCAGGGCUGCUAUGGCUCGACAAGGCUACCUUGAGACUGUCAAGAUGUAUUUCAUGGAUGCGAGUUGUGUU